AUGUCUUUCAGGAAAAUUAUAGGGUACUAUGAGGAAGUACAUGGAAAUUGUGUGGAGGCAGAUAAGUGCCAGUAUCUCCAUUCAUGGUUUAAGGGCCAUGGGGUUUUCAAGUUGGCAGAGCUUAAUGGGCACAUCAAGGCCAUCUCAGGAAUUGUGUUUCCUUCUGGCUCAGAGAAGCUCUAUACUGCCAGUAGAGAUGGGUAUAUACGGGUUUGGGACUGCCAUACUGGUCAAUGUGAUGGUGUGGUCAAUCUUGGAGGGGAAAUUGGGUCCUUAAUCAGUGCAGGCCCUUGGGUAUUUGCUGGAAUAAAAGAUGUUGUUAAGGCAUGGAAUAUUGAGUCUUGUGCCAAUCUCUCUCUGGAUGGACCAGUUGGGCAAAUUUAUGCUAUGGUGGUGGAUCAUGAUAUGCUCUUCGCAGGGGCAGAGAAUGGCACUAUAUAUGCAUGGAAAGCCAAUAAGGAAACCAAUGCUUUUGAGCUGGCUACAACAUUGGGAGGCCACAAUUGUGCUGUGGUUUCGCUCACAGUUGGUGUUGGGAGGCUAUAUUCUGGUUCCAUGGACAAUACAAUAAGAGUGUGGGAUCUUAAUACAUUACAGUGUAUUCAUACUCUGAAGGAGCAUGCAUCAGUUGUGAGGUCUCUUGUUUGUUGGGGUCCCUAUUUGAUAUCAUGUUCAUUGGACCAAACAAUUAAGGUUUGGUUUGCUACUGAAGCUGGCAACUUGGAAGUGACCUAUACACAUAAUGAAGAACAUGGUGUGCUUGCACUUUUCAGUAUGUUCGAUUCAGAAGGAAAACCAAUAUUGUUGUGCUCUUGCAAUGACAAUUCUGUUCGGCUAUAUGAAUUGCCAUCAUUCACCGAGAGGGCCAUGAUUUUUGCAAAGGAACAAGUCCGAGCGAUUCAAAUAGGUCCUGGGGGACUCUUUUUCAUUGGGGAUGGAACUGGACAAGUUGAUGUUUGGAAAUGGCAGGCGGAGCCAACUUCAUUGGCAUCCUGAAUGAUGGAAGGCAGCUGUCAUCUCCAUAAAGCCAUUCUCUGUUUCUUGUUUUGUUCCUUCAUGUUCAUGAUAUUUCUAUUGAAAACUGUAUAGAGGCUUUUAGUAGCUUGUGAAUAUGAUCAUCGACACGAAGAAUUCUCUUUAUAGUAUUCUUACAAACUGUAAAUUUGUAAUCAGCAUUCAUUCAAUGAAAAUUCAUUG